AUGGAUGACCUUCCACCCAUCACUGUCACUGAACAGAAUCCUUUCUGUCUGGAAAUGAUGAAACGGCUCAACAUACAACGAAAACAAGGCCACUUAUGCGACAUAACUUUGAUUACGAAAGAUGACCAAGAGUUCAAGGCUCACAGAAAUGUUCUUUCCGCAGCGAGUCCGUUCUUUUGCAAGCUUCUUCAGAGCGACAUGAAGGAAAAUCGGGAAGGGGUCGUUCGGUUUGAAGAGAUUUCGGGAUCAGUAAUGGAAGAUAUUUUGGAAUUCAUCUACACUGGAACCGUGAAAGUAACGAAAAAAAAUGCCGAAGAGUUGGCUGCGGCAACGAAUUAUCUCAUUAUCUCAAAUUUAAAAACAAUCUCUGUUCGAUAUCUACAGCAACAAAUGUGUAAAUCCAACUGUAUCUCGACCUUUUACUUCGCCGAGAAAUACGAUUGUGAAGAGCUUAUACAUGCUAUAAAACUGAUUGCGUUUUCAAGCGAUGACGAUCUUUCCCAGUCCUUCCAUGGCUGUGACACACGUGCCAUAGUGGCUUGUGGAGGAGAAUAUCCCCUUUGUUAUGUCCCUCAGGAAGAUGAGUGGAAAGAAUUACCCAACAGGUUGUCAAAAGAGCGACUCGACAUCCUUUCAACUGACGUGAUACGAUUUCGUGAUCAGUUGUUCCUGUUUUGUAACGGGGGUCAAGCUGAGAGGUAUGAUCCUCUCUUUAAUGGUUGGUCAUCAGUCCCUUUUGGCAUAUGUCAGGACAAGGUGACUGUCAUUGGAGGAGAGUUAUUUUCUAUUGAUGAAACUUUCAGAAGACUUAAGGGGAUUGAAAGCAUAACAAAAGCAACAACAACCAUUAACAAAUUCCAUGUAGAGUCAUGUUCAUGGCAAAAGCUUCACUCCUCUUCUCAGUGCUACAGAAAAGAGUCUUGUGUCAUUGGAUGUGGUAACUUUUUGUAUCUUUUGGGUGGGAAGUCCCCACAUACAUCCCAAUAUGUUUCCAAAACUGACAGAUUUGACAUUACAAAAAAGAAGUGGGAAGAAAUUGCAGAAAUGCAACAAGCAAGAGGUGGGGCUUUUGGUGUGGCCAUUCAGGAAAAGAUUUUUGUUGCCGGAGGAGCAGACGAAGAAAACGCGGUGUUGAAAACAUGUGAGGUAUACAAUGUUUCCACAAAUGAAUGGCAGUUAAUUGCAAACUUGAAUGUUUACCGCACUUAUGGUAGCAUGGUUUGUCUUGGUGGAACAUUAUAUGUGCUGGGUGGCUUUGACCAAACUAAGAAAAAGCCAGAAUAUUCAGUUGAAUGUUAUGACUCCAAACAGGGCAAGUGGAUUUUGAGGACAAUCAUACCAGUGGAAGAGGGCUGUAAGAAGAAACCUGCAUUUAAAGGCUGUGUGCUUAAGUUCUCCAGAGGAGUAUUGGAUUAUCUUGAUGAUGCAAUUGAAGAAGAAUAUUAA